CACCCCGCUGGGAUAUGUCAUCGGAGAAAUGUUUCUCAACGGAAGAUGCUGCACGGCUGGGGAAAGCUUGGAGCGAGAAGGAAGUGAGGCGUGCGAUUGCGGAAUUGGCAAAAAAUAAGUCCCCUGGGGUGGAUGGCUUGCCGAAGGAACUUUUGGAGCUUCACUGGGAUCUGCUGGGGGGGCAGAUCAUGGGCUUGAUCAAUGGUUUCACGCGGACAACAGAGUUGUCGGCAGAGGUUACAAUGGCGGUUACUAUUCAACUGCAUAAGAAGGGCCCGUUGGAUAAGCUGCAGAACUACCGUCCUAUCUCACUACUGAACACGUCUUACAAGGUAAUCGCUAAAGUAAUGGUGAACAUGCUCAAGAUGAGGUUGCACAAGGUCAUCUCUGAGGGCCAUCAUGAUUUCUUACCAAGGAGACACUUAGCGGAUGCGGUGGCGUUGGUGGCGGAUGCCAUCGACACGGCGAAGAACGGGUCGGAGAACUGGCUCCUACUACUCGUUGACUUUCAAAAGGCGUAUGACACUAUCGCCAGGCCGUAUCUAUUUGCGGUCCUGCAGCGGAUGGGCUUUCCGAAAAUUUACGUCAGAUGGGUGGAGGGGUUACCUCGUGAUGCAACGAUGAGGGUGUGUACAAAUGGAUGGCUGGGGGAGAGAGUGGCGGUACAGGUGGGAGUUAGGCAGGGAUGUCCCUUAGCGCCCUAUCUCUUCCUCUGUGCUAUGGAGCCGCUGUGUCAGGAAGUGAAGCGGAGGCAUCUGGGGAUAGGCGAGAAGCGAGCAGGCAGAUUAGCAUAUCUGGGGUAUGCAGAUGACACCAAGCUGCUUCUUCGAGGGAAGCAUCUGCUGGAACAGACAGUGGGGGUUCUGCAGGAGUUUGGGCAGAUCUCGGGGCUGAGAACAAACUAUGAUAACUGAGAAGGCUUUUGGCAUAAUAC